AUGCCUGACUUUUUAUUUGAUUUGUUUUUGGACACACUUGGGAACCUGUCGUAUACGGUUAUUUGGCAGACUAAUAGCGAAGCACGUAACUAUUUAAAAAAUCGUACAGUUCCGCCAAAUGUUAUUUUGUCACCAUGGGUUCCUCUCAAAAUUUUGCUUGCCCAUCCAAACUUACUUUAUUUUAUUUCCCAUGGCGGAAUAAACACAGUCAAUGAACUCCUCUAUUUUGGUGUACCAGUCAUUGGUGUCCCAUUACAGGGAGAUCAAGUUUCAAACAUACAACGGCUUAUUGAUCUUGGAUCAGGAAUAUCUGAAAGAGCGCGAAAUUUAUGGAUAGGUGGGCUGGCAGCUUCCAUAAAGGAAAUGGAAGAUAAUCUUGAAAAGUACUCGACGAGGGCAAAAAAAAUUGGGGCAAUGGCAGUUGAUCAGCGUAUUUUGUAUCGUGACGCCGAAGGAUUUUGGCUUCGAUGGGCUGCUAAACAUGGCGCAACUCUUCGCCAACCUGGAAGAAAGUAUUUUGAUUUUUUUUACAGGUCCACUUUCGAGUAUCUUGCUGGCCGAGAAAUUUUAACCUUAUUUUCUACGAUUUUGUUGUUGGUCUGCGCAGUAUAUUAA